AUGAGCCAGGUAGCGGUGCAAGAGAAUUUUGACGCGAUACCAAUAUUAGCUAAAGCAUCUAAUUCAUGUAAGGAGGUAGUUUGGAACAGCGAGGGAAUGGUAUUUGGACUUGGCCAGAAUGUCGUUCCAGUGAAAACUGGAUUUGAUCUAACAAAACAUCAAACUGUGAUAAUUAUGGACAGCCCGAUUCAAACACCAAGCGGCCAAGGUAGACCAAAUGAGUUUAAUCCUGGAGAAGACCGAAUGAUAGAUGGUGACUUUUGUGGCCUACUCGAGGAUAAAGCCAUGAAUGAGGAGGUGGCAUUGGGAUCUACAGUCCCAAGUAAUACCUGA